AUGUCCCCCUCCUACACGCUCCCCCACCCACCCUCCGGUUACAGCUACGCCCCCUCUGCACCCCUCUCCUACCCCCCUCCCCCUGUGUACCACCCCAAGGUAGAUGGAUACGACUACAAGGAACCACAAAUCACUUACAAGCUACCAGAACCUACUUACAAGCCUGAACCUACUUACAAGGCGCCUGAACCUACUUACAAGGCCCCUGAACCUACUUACAAGACCCCUGAACCUGGAUACGACUAUAAGGAGCCUGUGAACGCCUACCACCCACCUGAACCUACUUACAAGGCACCUGAACCUACUUACAAGCCAGAACCUACUUAUAAAGCUCCUGAACCUACUUACAAGGCCCCUGAAUCUACUUACAAGGCCCCUAAACCUACUUACAAGCCAGAACCUACUUAUAAAGCUCCUGAACCUACUUACAAGGCCCCUGAAUCUACUUACAAGACCCCUAAACCUACUUACAAGCCAGAACCUACUUAUAAAGCUCCAAAACCCACUUACAAGGCUCCAGAACCUACUUACAAGGCCCCUGCAGUGGGAUAUGAGUACAAGGAACCUUCACCUACUUACGGGGCGCCUCACAACACGUAUGAAAAGGGCAUGCCAUUUGACUUCUCCUACGCGGUACAGGACGGGUACAGCGGCGCGGACUUCACCCACAAGGCAACUUCUGACGGUGCAAGGGUGAAUGGCGAGUACCGUGUGGUCCUUCCUGACGGUCGUAUCCAGAUUGUAACUUACACUGCUGAUGACUACAAAGGUUAUCUCGCCGAGGUAACUUACGAAGGGGAGGCAGUGUAUCCUAAAGUCACUCCGUACCACCCUGAACCCGCCUACGGUACACCAGCGCCUCACUACGGUACACCAAACAAACAGUACGGGACCCCAGCAGCUUCCUACGGUACGCCACAAACAGAUUACAAGGUCCCUGAAUCAACUUACAAGCCAAAACCUACUUACAAGGCCCCUGAACCUACUUACAAGCCAAAACCUACUUACAAAGCCCCAGAACCUACUUAUAAAGCCCCUGAACCUACUUACAAGGCCCCAGAACCUACUUACAAGGCCCCUGAACCUACUUACAAGGCGCCUGAACCUGGAUACGACUAUAAGGAGCCUGUGAACGCCUACCACCCACCUGAACCUACUUACAAGGCCCCUGAACCUACUUACAAGGCACCUGAACCUACUUACAAGGCCCCUGAACCUACUUACAAGGCGCCUGAACCUGGAUACGACUAUAAGGAGCCUGUGAACGCCUACCACCCACCUGAACCUACUUACAAGGCACCUGAACCUACUUACAAGGCCCCAGAACCUACUUAUAAGGCACCUGAACCUACUUACAAGGCGCCUGAACCUGGAUACGACUAUAAGGAGCCUGUGAACCCCUACCACCCACCUGAACCUACUUACAAGGCACCUGAACCUACUUACAAGGCACCUGAACCUACUUACAAGGCACCUGAACCUACUUACAAGGCGCCUGAACCUGGAUACGACUAUAAGGAGCCUGUGAACGCCUACCACCCACCUGAACCUACUUACAAGGCCCCUGAACCUACUUACAAGGCACCUGAACCUACUUACAAGGCGCCUGAACCUGGAUACGACUAUAAGGAGCCUUUGAACCCCUACCACCCACCUGAACCUACUUACAAGGCACCUGAACCUACUUACAAGGCGCCUGAACCUACUUACAAGGCACCUGAACCUACUUACAAGGCGCCUGAACCUGGAUACGACUAUAAGGAGCCUUUGAACCCCUACCACCCACCUGAACCUACUUACAAGGCACCUGAACCUACUUACAAGGCGCCUGAACCUACUUACAAGGCGCCUGAACCUGGAUACCACUAUAAGGAGCCUUUGAACCCUUUUAAACUGCCAGAAUCUGUGUAUGGAACCCCAGCGCCAGUUUAUGAACCUCUCUCCUCUCUAUUCGAAGCCUCAUAGUGUUGGUUCAGUGGUUCUCUCUCUCUCUCUCUCUCUCUCUCUCU